GGGGACAGGACUAUUAUGUCUCUGGGACUGGUGUCAUUUCCAAACCAAGCACUUCAGGCGCGGGACAGCAUGACUGGCGGACUCAAGGACGGCGAAACUGACGAGGAAUUUCUGCACUCGCCGUUCAUCAGGAAACAAGGGAACAUUUAUAAACCUAAUAACAAAGACAUGGAUAAUGACAGUAUGAGCGGGAUGAAGACGAUGCAGGAUGUCCAUACGAAAGAGAUCGACCUGGUGAACCGGGACCCCAAGCGCUUAAACGACGACGUUGUCAAGGUGGACUUUGAGGAUGUGAUCGCAGAGCCUGCGGGCACGUACAGCUUCGACGGCGUGUGGAAGGCUAGCUUCACCACCUUCACGGUGACCAAGUACUGGUGCUACCGUCUCCUCACCGCCCUGGUGGGCAUCCCGCUGGCGCUGGUCUGGGGCAUCUUCUUCGCCAUCCUGUCCUUCAUCCAUAUCUGGGCGGUGGUGCCGUGUGUCAAGAGUUAUCUGAUAGAGAUCCACUGUGUCAGCCGCGUCUACUCCAUCUGCGUCCACACCUUCUGCGACCCGCUGUUCGAAGCCAUGGGCAAGUGCUUCAGCAGCAUCCGCAUCAGUACCACCAAGGGGGUAUAGAAAAGACGAGGAAGGGAGGAUGAAGAGGAAGAGGAAGGGAGGAUGGGAAUGAGGAGGGGAGGUGUGGAAACCAUAACUAAACACAGAUUGAAAGGGGGGAGAAGUCACCAGAAGAAAAAGAAAAGAGAGAGAACAACUUCUGAUAAAAUUAGAG